CCCCAUUUGGCGGCUGCGCCACCCCGGCCCGGCUGGCGCUGUCAGUCGGGCGGCUGCGUCCCAACAUGGCGGCGGCGGCUCUCGGGCCGGCGGCGGGGCGCGGGGCCGCGGCGGGCGGAUGGACGUACUGAUGACGGUCCGGAGACUCGCCUCCAUCUGUACCAUGGGCGCCAAUGCCUCAGCUUUGGAGAAAGAGAUUGGUCCUGAACAGUUCCCUGUGAAUGAGCAUUACUUUGGCUUGGUCAAUUUCGGCAAUACCUGCUACUGCAACUCAGUCUUGCAGGCACUUUAUUUUUGUCGUCCAUUUCGGGAAAAAGUUCUGGCAUACAAAGUGCAGCCUCGAAAGAAGGAAAGCCUCCUGACAUGCCUCUCUGAUCUCUUCAACAGUAUUGCUACCCAAAAGAAGAAGGUGGGAGUCAUCCCACCCAAGAAAUUUAUUUCCCGAUUGAGGAAAGAAAAUGAAUUGUUUGAUAAUUACAUGCAGCAGGAUGCACAUGAAUUCCUAAACUACCUACUUAACACUAUUGCUGACUUGCUACAAGAAGAGAAAAAGCAGGAGAAGCAGAAUGGCAAACUCCAGAAUGGCAGCAUUGAAAGUGAAGAAGGAGACAAGACUGAUCUGACGUGGGUCCAUGAAAUCUUCCAAGGAACACUAACCAAUGAAACCAGAUGUCUUAACUGUGAGGCUGUUAGUAGCAAAGAUGAGGACUUUCUGGAUCUAUCGGUUGAUGUGGAACAAAAUACAUCAAUUACACACUGUCUGAGAGGGUUUAGUAAUACUGAAACUCUGUGCAGUGAAUAUAAGUACUAUUGUGAGCAGUGCCGCAGUAAACAGGAAGCACAGAAGAGAAUGAGAGUGAAAAAGUUGCCCAUGAUUCUAGCUCUGCACUUAAAAAGGUUCAAAUACAUGGACCAGCUGCAUCGAUACACCAAACUCUCCUACCGUGUCGUCUUUCCCUUGGAGCUCCGGCUUUUCAACACGUCAGGAGAUGCUACAAAUCCUGACAGAAUGUAUGACCUUGUGGCUGUAGUUGUUCACUGUGGCAGUGGUCCAAAUCGCGGCCAUUAUAUCACCAUUGUGAAGAGCCAUGGCUUUUGGUUGCUGUUUGAUGAUGACAUUGUAGAGAAAAUUGAUGCUCAAGCAAUUGAAGAGUUCUAUGGGCUGACGUCAGACAUCUCCAAGAACUCAGAAUCUGGAUAUAUCCUCUUCUACCAGUCAAGAGACUAAAACAAAAGAUGUGUGUAUAAAUAAAAGGGAUCAAGACAUGUCAAAAUGGAACACGUUUGUGACAGCAGAAGCAGUUCCUCAUUGUUGCUGAAGGACCAGGACAGAUCCAGCAGGGUGAACAGAGGUUUCUCUCUGCUGUUUCUCGGAGGAUUAGUGCUGACUGCCAUAACAAGAGCUUUUGCUCCAGUUUUCUUUCUGGGCUUUUUUUUAUGUGCUAUCUUCCAAAAUCUGUGUUACCUCUACUUGAAACCUGGCUGCUUAUUUGUUCGUGGACUGAAGAAGAGUUUUAAAAGUAGCACUGUAGAAUUUUUACCAUUUAACAUUGGCCCGAGGCUACACCUUGGUUUCUAUCAUCGUCAUUUUUCUGUAUUUUAGCAGAAUGAUUUCAAUAUUCAGUGUCAGCUGAAGGCAUAUUUUAGGAUAUGCACAGCAGCUGGUUGCUGGAUAUUUUUGGUGACUCAGACUUGAGAAGCAGAACAAAGCUAAGACAUAUUGGAAAUGUCAAGUUUGUAAUUUAAAAAAAAAAAAAGAGCAAACAGACAAACUGACUGCAGCAGUGUAAAUUCCCAUCAUGCAUUAUCUUGGUUUUAGGUAACACUAACACCACUGCUUCUUUUUAUUUUAUUUUUAUUUUUACUGUUCUGUUUCUUCUUUGAAGGCAUGGGACAUUAUCCACAUUCAGCCCAAUGUUGGUUUUUGUUUCUAAGCAGAUCUUUUGACUCAGAUCCACAUUGCUGCACGUUUAGGGGAGCAGCAAAUCAGUUACACUUUGAAGAAUGUCUGGCGACCAGUUGCUGUAGAAAGCAUUUCUUGGAAUUACUGCAUAAACCAAAAGUGCCCUCUUUUUGAAACAGGGAUCUGUUCAACAUUUCAUUCAAUACGUAGUAAACUGAUGCAACUAGCAUUUUGAAUCUAUGCUAAUACUCUGAAAUAGUGCUAAUUGGGAAGGGUUAACCAAGGGAAACACUAUUUACUAAACGAAUCCAGUUGUUCUUAGUCUUCAAGACAAUGAACGUGUAAGAAGGAGAACAAACCAACCAACCCAGACAUUACCUUGCUAAGUGCUCCUCAUCUGUUGGUAAGGUUUGUACCAAGCUGGGAAUCAUAACCCACCCCCACUCCCCCCAAAAAAAGCUUCUGAUUGUCUUACCUCUAUAGGCCUUGCUUAACAGGGGAAAUUGUUAGUCUUCUGAAGACUGAAAUUAAGUAAUUAUUCAUGACAUGUGUGUAUAUAUAUUAUAAUCUCAAGGAUAACAAGAAAGAAAAGACUUAUGGGAGUUUGUAAGAAAUAUCUGAAAAUGAGAAGUAGUUUUAUUUUUCAAAAGUCCUGUUACUGUGCCAAAGCUUAUUGCAGCUGGCUCUGAGCUACCAGUGGAAAUGGGUGUUUCUUCAUCUUGGUAGAUAACACAGGAGCUGUUGUCCGUGUGGCCGUUCCCUGCACCGCCGCUCUUUGUGUGUUCCACUGCUGUUGUUCCUGAGGACGUGUAACUUAUGCAAUUGUGUGGUUUGUACAGGAUCUGAGAUACGUACCAAAAUCUUGUCCUCAGGAAAACGGCAUCUCACAAACACUGUCUUGUGUCGGGUGCAUGUUUUUGUUUCCCUUACUGUGACCAGAAUCAUACCAUUAAUUGUUAAUUUCCCUUCCGAAUGCAAAUUACUCGUAACCGUUGUAUUCCAGCUGAGUACAGGUUCCAUUCUCAUGGCACAUCUCCUUCUUCAGAGGAUAAGUGUGGACAUCUUUUAAAUUAUUUUUUACUCUACAGAGUACAUGUUCAGUAACAAUGAACCUCCUUAUCAUCUUGUCCUGUUGUGUGAAAAUUGUUCCUGGCUAAGAGUGCCGUCCCCUUCUUCUCACACGAGCUGUGAGUCCUCUCCUGGUGGCACUACCAGAAGCCUGUCAUCAGUAAGUCUUGCAAAAAACAGUAAAAAAACAAAAACAGCACUGAGUUUAAAGUAAUCUAAACAGUAAAUACAAAAAUCAGUGUAGUACACUAGACAUGUAUUUUGUAUAUCUGGUGGUACAUUUUUACAAAUACUUGAUCGAGAGAUAAUAUUGAAAGAUAUAUACUAUAGAUUAAAAGCUGUUAAAAGUGCACUUUUGCUACAGAUUUAUAAGGAAACUAAAAGGAAUUAAAUUGGAAGAGAACAGUGUGAUGUUACUUCUGUAUAAUAAAUGACCCCACCUGUCUCCAAUAAAGGUCAUGUAUGAUCAAACACA